GAUUUUGUUGAAGAUAAUAAAUUCGAAUCAGAUGAUUUGCAAGAAAUUGAUAAUCUGGAUGAUGAAAAAGAAAAUAGUGAUCCUAUGAUUCUUAACCCAAAAAUUCACUGUGGUAGAGGUCGUCCCAAAGGUACCAAAUGUUUAAAAUCAGCACAUGAAGUAUCAAAACCUAUGGCAAAUCAACAUCGGUGCAAGAAGUGUGGUGGUUUGGGCCAUUACCAGAAGAAUUGCAAAGUACUUAAUUUUGUUGAUAUAAAAU